AUGGCGACGCUCAGAGUUACAGCGCUGACUUUGUCUCGGAAGGCGACGAAUGUGGCUCGGGCUCAACUAUGCCUCCGUGCGUGCCAGAGGACAUGGGCUCGACCAAGCCCGCCUACAGUCCUCGCGAAGUAUUCCACUGCGACCACAACGAUUGAGCAGCCAUCUCGCGCUCCAAGCGUUGACCGUGCAGCGUCGAAACUAUUCAAUAAUGCUGACGAUGCUGUAGCUGACCUCAAGAGCGGGUCGACUAUUCUAAGUUCCGGCUUUGGCCUCUGUGGGGUUGCAGAUACAAUUAUAUCCGCAAUUGGUCGACGAGGGGUUGAUGACAUUCACUCCCUAACCGCAGUCUCAAACAACGCCGGUGCUCCUGGUAGAGGCGGACUCUCUACCCUGACACAUUCUGGACAAGUGAAUCGACUCAUCAUAUCGUACCUCGGGAACAAUAAAGCGUUGGAGCAAAAAUAUCUCACAGGAAACAUUGCUGUUGAGCUGUGUCCCCAAGGAACUCUGGCAGAGCGUCUGCGCGCUGGAGGAGCUGGAAUACCUGCUUUUUACACUGCCACUGGAGCUCACACGUUCCUUCAAGAUGGCAAGAUUCCGGUACGCCUCGAUGCGUCAGGCAAAGUGUUGGAACAAGGCAAACCCCGAGAAACAAGGGUUUUCAACAAGAAGAAAUAUUUGAUGGAAACUGCUCUUACCGGAGAUGUUGCUAUUCUACGAGCAUGGAAGGCAGACGAGGCUGGCAAUUGUGUUUUCCGCUACACUACAAAAGCAUUCGGUCCUAUCAUGGCAAAGGCAGCUGCCCUUACUAUAGUUGAGGCGGAGAACAUUGUCCCUGUCGGUUCUAUCGAUCCUAAUGAGGUUGACCUGCCUGGUAUUUUCGUGAACAGGAUAGUGCCUGCGACAGCUAAGAAGAACAUUGAGAUCCUGAAGCUUCGGGAACCAAAGGAAUAUGGCCCAGCGGCAUCGAAUGGGUCUCCCGCCAUUAUUCAAAGAAACCGAAUCGCCAAGAGAGCAGCAAAGGAACUCAAACAAGGGUAUUAUGUGAAUCUGGGAGUCGGAAUUCCUACACUUGCACCAUCGAUGUUGCCUGAGGAUGUUAAAGUAUGGAUCCAGUCUGAAAACGGAAUACUUGGAAUGGGGCCAUAUCCUACCGAAGAGGAAGUUGAUGCGGACAUUAUAAACGCCGGAAAAGAGACAGUAACGCUCAAUCCAGGCGCAGCGACCUUCGAUAGCACCGAGUCGUUUGGGAUGAUCCGAGGUGGACACGUAGAUGUCUCUAUCUUGGGGGCUCUCCAAGUGAGCGCAAACGGUGACCUAGCCAACUACAUGAUCCCCGGGAAAGUCUUCAAGGGGAUGGGCGGAGCCAUGGAUCUGAUAUCAAACCCCGACCAAACUAAGAUUGUUGUUGCCACAAGCCACACGGCAAAGGAUGGCUCCUCCAAGAUCGUCUCCGAAUGUGCCCUUCCCCUAACUGGAGCCAACUGUGUCAGCACGAUCAUCACGGAACUGUGUGUAUUCCAAGUGGAUCGCCACAAGGGCGAGCUUACUCUGACCGAGCUUGCACCUGGGGUAGAGGUUGACGAGGUCCGGGCGAAGACGGAUGCUCCGUUCCAUGUCGCGGAUAAGAUAGAGGUUAUGGAGUAG